GCAGGUACUGUUCUUGAAAAGAGGAGAAAACAUGGCUUAUACAGUGAAUGAACCUUAAACUCCUGGGCCAAAAACUGAAUCUUUUUUCAUGAAGGAUGGCAACACCAUAUGUUCCUGUUCCUAUUCCUAUUGGAAGUUCCUCAUCCAGCUUUACAAACAGAAACCAAAGAAGUUCUUCUUUUGGGAGCAUCUCGACAAGUUCCAGCUCCUCAAAAGGACAGUUGGAGGACUCAACAAUUGGUAGUUUUAAAAAGAUGAGUGUGCCUGACCAGAUUGGUUCUACAUCAUCUGCAUGUAGUAGUCCACUUGUUAGGACUAAAUUUACAGGUAUGGACACAUCCAUAGAAUACUGUACCCAGCCUUCAGAAGAAAUAGAGCAGAAUACAGAUUCCAGGAGCUGGGAAGAUCGACCGUCCACGCCUACUAUACUGGGUUAUGAGGUGAUGGAGGAAAGGGCAAAAUUCACUGUAUACAAAAUACUGGUAAAAAGAAGUCCAGAUGAAAGUUGGGUGGUUUUCAGACGGUACACUGACUUCUCCAGGCUUAAUGACAAG